AUGCAAGUACGCGGCAUCGCGGUUACUGCCGCGCUGCUCUGCAGCAUAGCGCUGCUCGUGGGCCCCGUCACCGCCCAGCAGCUAUCGGCCGGCGACUGGGGCACGUGCGGCGGCGUGAACGGCCCCAACAAGCAGGAUGCGGCGGGCCUCGCAUGCCCCAGCGGCUACACCUGCGUGCGUCAGGACCAGUACUAUUGGCAGUGUAAGGAGAACAAGAGCGUGCCCGGGCUUGACGCCGCCGCCGCGCCGUUGUCUGGUGGGGCUGCCGCCCCAACCGCCGGCGCUCAGGUCAAGCCUCACAGCACGCAGCAGCAACAGCAGCAGCAGUCCAAGGCAGGUGUAAAGGUGCUUGAGCCAUGGGCGCAAUGUGGUGGCAUCAACGGCCGCACCGGCGGAACAGAUGCCCAGUGGGACGACGUGGCGUGCCCCAGGGGAUUCACCUGCAUCCGCCAGGACGAGUGA